UUCGAAACGCGUCGAAAAGGAAACAUUUUCAUCUUCCAAGCCAAGCCUGUGUAUUAUCAGCAUAUUGUUACAUAUAUUUACAUUUUACAUGAAACAUUUCUGAUUUUGUGUAUUAACGUUGAAAUUAAUCACAUUUCCGUAAUUAAAAAUUUCCAGCCUCAAACAUAUUUGUUAUUCAUAAACAUGAUAAAUAGUCUCUUUAUUAUAAAUUCUUCGGGAGAUGUUUUCAUGGAGAAACAUUGGAAGAGUGCAGUCGCACGUUCGCUUUGUGACUAUUUUUUUGAUCAGCAGCGAAGAGUCUUGUCUCCGGAGGACACACCGCCGGUGAUAGCUACUCCACAUCAUUAUCUUAUUAGCAUAUAUCGCUGUAAUAUGUUUUUUGUGGCAGUGUGCAUGACAGAGGUUCCACCAUUAUUCGUCAUCGAAUUCUUACACAGGGUAGUGGAUACCUUUGAAGAUUAUUUCAGCGAAUGCACAGAAACUAUUAUAAAAGAAAACUAUGUGGUGGUAUACGAAUUGCUGGACGAGAUGUUGGACAAUGGUUUUCCUCUGGCGACAGAAUCCAAUAUAUUGAAGGAGUUGAUCAAACCACCCAAUAUUUUACGCACUAUAGCGAAUACUGUUACAGGCAAAUCCAACGUUAGCGCAAUCUUGCCAAGUGGACAACUAUCUAAUGUUCCUUGGAGACGAACUGGAGUAAAGUAUACCAACAAUGAAGCUUAUUUUGAUGUCGUCGAAGAAGUAGAUGCGAUUAUUGAUCGAACUGGAGCGACAGUGUUUGCAGAAAUUCAGGGCUACGUUGACUGUUGUAUAAAACUAAGCGGUAUGCCAGAUCUUACCCUUUCGUUUAUGAAUCCAAGACUGUUCGACGACGUGAGCUUCCAUCCUUGCGUUCGAUUCAAAAGAUGGGAGUCGGAGAGGAUACUUUCUUUUAUUCCGCCCGAUGGUAACUUUCGCCUCCUUUCGUAUCACAUAGGAUCGCAAAGCAUUGUGGCAAUUCCUAUAUACGUAAGACAUAAUAUUAGUCUAAAAGAACCAGGAGGUGGUAGGUUAGACAUAACUGUUGGACCAAAACAAACUAUUGGUAGGACAGUUGAAAAUGUGACUUUAGAAAUUCCAAUGCCAAAGAUAGUUUUGAAUUGCACUUUAACUCCAAACCAAGGAAAAUAUUCGUUUGAUCCCGUCAGCAAGAUAUUGCUAUGGGAUAUUGGAAGAAUCGACGUUUCAAAGCUGCCAAAUCUAAGAGGAUCGAUUACAAUACAAAAUUCAACGGCUGUUACUGAAUCAAAUCCUGCCAUUAAUGUGCAUUUUACGAUCAAUCAAUUAGCGGUAUCCGGACUGAAGGUGAAUCGGUUAGAUAUGUAUGGCGAAAAGUAUAAGCCAUUCAAAGGUGUCAAAUAUAUUACUAAAGCUGGCAAAUUUCAAAUAAGAAUGUAAAUAUACUAAAAUUAUAAA